UGCCGGGCGCGAGCCGCCGCCUCCUGGGCGGGCGCUUCCUGUGGCUGUCUCGACAGCCGCCCGGGGGCCGCGGGAAGCCUGGCGGUUCCGGGCUGUGGGAGGCCCUGUUUUGGUUCGGAUCCGCCGCGAGGUAUCUAGCCUGCCAAGAUGCCAGGGUCAAGACCUCGGAACGGCCCUAAGACCAGAGGCCAGGGUGCUGCAACUGCUAAGCAGCUGGGGCUUUUCAUGGAGUUCAACACUGAAGACAUGCUCCUGGGGGUGGAUGAGACUGAAGAUGACGGAGACCUGGAGGCUGAGCUGUUGGCUCUCACUGGGGCGACAGGGAGCACAAGCAGGAAGCCCGCACCCAAGGGGCAUGCCCCCCUACCCAUGGCCCACAUUGAGAAGUUGGCAACAGACUGUAUGCGAGAUGUGGAGGAGGAGGAGGGAGAGGAAGAGGAAGGGCUGGAGGAGGAUGCAGACCUGCUGAGAGAGCUGCAGGAAGUCCUGGGUGUGGAUGAAGAAACUGGGCUGCUAGAUGGCAGUGAGGCAACAAGCCCAGACUUGUCUGAGGAGAGGGCACAGGACAACACUGAGCAACCUGCAGUGCAGACAGCCUUCCAACAGGCUUUACCUGCAGUGCCUCAGGCUGGAGGGCCUCGGGGGCUGCAGGCUUUGCUGGAGGAACGGAUCCAUAACUACCGGGAGGCCGCAGCCAGUGCCAAGGAGGCCGGUGAAGCUGCCAAAGUCCGGCGCUGUGAUCGGGGCCUGAAGACUUUGGAGUCCCAGCUUGCCACUGUGAGGAAAGGCGGGAAGAUCAGUGAGGAUGAGAUUCCACCUCCAGUGGCCUUGGGUAAAAGGCCCCCACCCCACCAGGAAAUAGCCAACAGGAGCCCUGAGGCAGACUCCCCAGCUUCGUGUGCCAAGGAACCAGAGCACCUUUUCCAACCUGAGCCCAGCCUCCCAGGCAGCUCUACCAUUGCUCCUCUGCCCGUUGCAGACCCAGCCCCACAGGCCCUGUUGUUAGCCCGACAGAGAGAGUACAAAGUAGCUGCUCUCAAUGCCAAACGGGCUGGAGAUCUAGAUCGUGCCCGGGAGCUCAUGAGGAUUGGGAAGGUACGAUGACCUGCCUUCAUACCGUUGAUGGGGAUGCAGAGGCUGAGAGGAACCAGACAGUACCCGGGGGAUUACUGCUGCAAAUGCUCGCUCUGUGUAAGACUUCCUGUGUAGUCACUGGCUGUCUUGAACUCAACAUCUCCUUGCUUCAGCCACUGGAACACUAGUAAUUACAGACAUGCGCCAUCCUAGUCAACUUGCCUUUCUGACAUACAAUGAAAACUGUACUUUUAAACCUAAGCUCAUCAGUGUGAGAAAAGGUACUCCACCUAUAAGACCUGUGAUAAUAUAUUCGGAAGAAGAAACGUUUUCUCUAGCUAUUCCCUUCCAACGUCCUACCCCGGAAACAUUCCCUGCUUCUACCUCAUUCCCUCUCCGGUACAAAGUGUGAUAGAAGGACAUUUUAAGAAAACCCUUCAGUGUUUUUUAGUAUGUACUUGUGUUUGCAUGGGAGGUAAAAGGUGACUCCAUAGCAGACCCAUGUCUCAUACCUGUAGCCGGGGUAAAAUGAUGUCACAGACCCUCUCACUGUGCAGAAGGUCAUCGAUGAACU